AUGAAGAGAGUCUUCGGCGCCAAAAAGAACAAAGAACCUCCUCCUUCCAUUGAAGAUGCCAACGAAAGGAUUACAAAACGAGGUGAUAAUGUGGAUGAGAAGAUUAAGAAGCUUGAUGUUGAACUCAGUAGAUACAAAGAACAGAUCAAGAAAACAAGGCCUGGUCCUACUCUCGAAGGUAUUAAAGCUAGAGCCAUGCGAGUUCUUAAACAAAAGCGAAUGUAUGAAGGUCAACGUGACAUGUUGUACAAUCAGACAUUCAACCUCGAUCAAGUUCAAUUUGCUGCUGAGGGAAUUAAGGAUGCUCAACAAACUAUGUCAGCUUUGAAGUCUGCCAACAAGGAUUUGAAGGGAAUGAUGAAAACUGUGAAGAUCCAAGAUAUUGAUAACUUGCAAGAUGAGAUGAUGGACUUGAUGGAUGUUAGUAAUGAAAUCCAAGAGACUUUGGGUAGAAGCUAUAAUGUUCCUGAUGACAUAGAUGAGGAUGAACUUUUGGGUGAACUUGACGCUCUGGAAGCAGACAUGGAAAAUGAAUCUGAAGGGGUUCCCUCCUACCUCCAACCUGAUAAAGAAUCUGAUUUGGAUUCAGAGCUUAACUUACCUUCAGCUCCAACUGGUCAAACAGCAGUGCCACAUGGCAGAUCCAAUGUCCAAACUGAAGAUGAACUGGGUUUACCUGCUGUUCCUCGGGCAUCCCUACGCGGUUGA